AUGGCCAGUUUGAAAGUUUUUUCUUUUGCUUUGAUCCUUGUUCUCACUUUCUCAGUUGAUGUUGAAGGAUAUAAUGUAGAGAGUGGUGGUUCCUUGUGUUGUAAUAACCACCCGAAAUUUGGAAAGUGCAACACAAACAAUGACAAUCAGAGAUGUAACCGUUGGUGUCACAAUGGAUGCGGGAAUGGAAAAGGCGAUUACUGCAAAGCUAUGUCUCACGGAGGACUAUGUCAUUGUUAUUGUUAA